UCCAUCACGUUUCGUUUACGAAUUACAUUCUUUAUUCGUACAAAUACAAUGUACAAUCAACAAAACGUGUUAUUUUCCAGUGAUCAGUCUCCAAAAGAAAGCAGCUCAUAUAUCUAUCCUUAUUUUCUGCAAAGUUACUUUUUGUCACAGACUUCUCACAAAAUUUUUUCAUGAAGGAACAACACUGCCGUUUCAGUUCAUUCAAAUCGUUCCAUCAUUGCUAGAGUGAGUUUUUCUGAUCGAAAGCUUCGAUUCGAAAUGGAAUCUUUAAACGAAAUGUGUAGAUUAUGUUUAGCAACAAAUAAGCUUAUUUGGAUAUUUGAUCAAACGUUAGAUGGUGCUGAAAAUUCAAGCUUGAGAGAUGUCAUAUUUAUAGUCACUGGAAUAGACAUACACUAUAAAGACGUUAUAUCGCAAAAAAUUUGCUCAGAAUGCUAUCAGUUGGCUAAGAUCACUUAUGGAUUCCGAGAGAUGUCUAUAAAAAGCAACAAAAUUUUGAAGGAUAGAUAUAAAACUUUACACCAAACCUCAUAUAUCACGGACUGUACGGUAAAAGAGGAAGGAGUGGAACCAAAGGUAAUCGAGAAAAAUGUCAAUGAGACAAUUUUAAAUAUUCAUCCCACUAUAAGAGAUGUUUAUAAAACACAUCCCAAUAUCAUGUUACCAAGAAUAAGCCUGCAAUUUCAUGUUAAUCCUUCAGUUGUUAUGGAAGUGGAUAGCGUACAGAAUUACUUGAAAAGACAAGAGAAGAAACCUGCAUCAGAAUCGCUGAAAACAAUUGCGACCUAUGAACCAGCAAAGACCAUCGAACUUUUCAAUAGUAUUGAUACCUUGAAAACAGUUUCUAGUUGCACUGCAGUCUUGAAUAUGUCCAAUCUCAAAAGUCAAAGAGUACAAGUACAAGAUCUGGACAAGAAUAUUGACAAACCACCAGAAAAACCUAUAACGAAUGAAUCUAAACCAGAAAAAACUUCAGUCAAAAUUCCCAAAGAGGAAGUUACAAAGCCUAAAAGAAUAUUAUCAGAAGAUUCAUGGUCAGAAAAGGUUUUGAAAAAAAUUUCACUCGCCGGUCCAACUGAAACAAUGUCAAAUAAUAGUAAUAGUAGUAGUAACGAUUCCAGCAUGUUAUAUGUUGAAAAAUCCAUGCCAUUAUUCAUAUGUGAAAUUUGCGACUCUGUUCAUAAUACGUUAGGAAAUCUGAGAAGACAUAUGCUGAAUCACUUACAUUGCCAAUUUUGUAAGUGUAGGUUCAAAUCACUGGAAAUGAAGAGAGAACACGUAGAAAGUUCAUGCAUAAAAAAAAAUUCAAUGAAAAGUCAAGUAUCAGUUGAUAUGAAAAAAAUUGAAUUGAAUAUGCAGACCCGGCAUGCAUAUCCAAAUGCCUUUGUAGACUUUCCUUCAUUGCCUUCAAUUUAAGAAUUGAAAGCUGAUGAUUCGCAUGUCGCAAUUAUUCCACUUCAAGCAGAUUGAACAACACUUGAAAACCUGAAUAAUACAAAGCCUAUAAAAGCAUAAAAUGAAGGUUAGGAAAGAUUUGAGGGCGUAGACUAGUUAACAGCGAUAUCAAACGUUUUUCAUAUUUGUUUCAUGCAAGCAAUCUAAAAAAAAUGAGCAUACAAUUAUUGUUCAAGAAGAACUAAAUCAAAAAAAGUUAUUCAUUAUACACUUCUAAUUCCAAUGAA